AUGAGCUCCAAAGACAUCAUGCUGAGUGAAAUAAGCCAGUCACAAAAGGACAAACGCCAAACGCCAUCUGAUUCCACUCCCAUGAGAUACCUGGAACAGUCCAAUUCACAGAGCCAGGAAGCAGAAGGGUCUGGGGGAAGAGGGGACCAUGGGCUUAGUGUUUGGUGGGUACAGAGCCUCCUUGUGGAAGACGACCGGGGGGUAAGAGGAAGAACUAGGAGGAGGGCUGGGUCCGGGGUCACAUCCGACGACACACGGAACACAAGGCCGGGGUCUCCCACGUGGACAGCUAGAGCGAGUGUCCCAUUCUCAGGGCGAGGAGGAGGAGCGCGGCGACGGGGCUGUCCAGGAGAACACGUGAGGCCGGGACGUGCUUUCCCGGCCCCGUCUCCCCGGUGGGGUGACCCGGGGUGGCCCGGGGGGUGUGGCAGCCGCCGCGGCCCCUGCCGCCUCCUGCUGGAGUACUGCGGCCACCGCACCCCGGACUCCAGGGGCUCAAUUCACAAGUCGGGGCGGGGGGCCGCCUUCGGGGGCCAGAUCGAACUCAAAGGCACGAAGCCCCUUCUGAGGCCCCCUAAACCCCGCGUUACCAACCGAGGCCACGUUCCCUCAGGGCGGGCGGAAGCUGGUUUCUUCGGAGGGGGCAGAAUCUCACCUUUUUCUUUCAGGGCCAGGCACAAGUGCACGUUCGGCAAAUUCCGAGACACGAAUCUGACGCCGUCAGAAAGCCAGUGUCCCUCGAUGUUGCCUUACCUACUACCCAAAGGAGCGGAGGAGCUGUUCCAUGAGAAUAUGGAAGGGGAGUCACCUAAAAGCAUGUGGAGGCAAAAUCAGCCUGGGCAGCUGUCCGCUGAAUGAAGCCCUGUUACGGCUCCUGGACAAUGGACUUGAACCCAGACGAAGGUGUUCAUGUUUGCUUUAGCCUCGCUGACAGAAUUUUCCCUGAAAUUAAACUCGGUUAGAAAUUG